AUGAAAAGUAGAACAAAAAUCUUCUGGAAAAUCCUUCUAAUGAUUUCCUCACAGGUUCCUGGCUUUGGUGUUGCUGGCGGCAACACUCUUCGGCAGUUCAAUCUGAUCCUUAUACAACCUGUACAAAAUAAUAAGGAAGUUAUCGACGUACUAACGAGCAGAAAAGAGGAUAAAGAAGCUGUAGAGUUUCUUCGAUCAAUCGCCACUGCUUACUAG